GGCCGGGAGGAGCCGCCGGGGCAGAAGCCGCACUUGUUAGUGUUGGGGGAGGUGGGGACCGGGGGACGCCGACACCGUCAGCCAGGGACGCCGAGGAGGAGGCGGGAGGGGGGUGGGGGCGAGAGCGGGCUCCGACCCCCGGCCGAGGGGAUGAAGGGAGCAUGGGCGCCAAGGAGUCACGGAUCGGAUUCCUCAGCUACGAGGAGGCGCUGAGGAGAGUUACAGAUGUCGAGCUGAAACGACUGAAAGAUGCCUUCAAGAGGACUUGUGGACUCUCGUAUUACAUGGGCCAGCACUGCUUCAUCAGGGAAGUGCUUGGAGAUGGAGUGCCUCCAAAAGUUGCUGAGGUGAUUUACUGUUCUUUUGGUGGAACAUCCAAAGGACUGCACUUCAAUAACUUAAUAGUUGGACUUGUCCUUCUUACAAGAGGCAGAGAUGAAGAGAAAGCAAAAUACAUUUUUAGUCUAUUUGCAAGUGAAUCCGGGAGCUAUGUUAUACGGGAAGAAAUGGAAAGAAUGCUUCAUGUGGUGGAUGGUAAAGUCCCAGAUACACUCAGGAAGUGUUUCUCAGAGGGUGAAAAGGUAAACUAUGAAAAGUUUAGAAAUUGGCUUCUUCUAAACAAAGAUGCUUUUACCUUCUCUCGUUGGCUGCUGUCUGGAGGUGUAUAUGUGACCCUCACUGAUGAUAGUGAUACUCCCACUUUCUACCAAACUCUGGCUGGAGUCACACAUUUGGAGGAAUCAGACAUCAUUGAUCUGGAGAAACGCUAUUGGUUGCUGAAGGCUCAAUCCCGAACUGGACGAUUUGAUUUAGAAACAUUUGGCCCAUUGGUUUCACCACCAAUUCGUCCAUCUCUAAGUGAAGGUUUAUUUAAUGCUUUUGAUGAAAAUCGUGAUAAUCACAUAGAUUUUAAGGAGAUAUCCUGUGGGUUAUCAGCUUGUUGCAGAGGACCUCUGGCAGAAAGACAAAAAUUUUGUUUCAAGGUGUUUGAUGUUGACCGUGAUGGAGUUCUCUCCAGGGCUGAGCUGAGAAACAUGGUGGUUGCACUCUUAGAGGUCUGGAAGGACAACCGCACUGAUGAUAUACCGGAAUUACACAUGGAUCUGUGUGACAUUGUAGAAGGCAUAUUGAAUGCACAUGACACCACAAAGAUGGGUCAUCUUACUCUAGAGGACUAUCAAAUCUGGAGUGUGAAAAAUGUUCUUGCCAAUGAAUUUUUGAAUCUACUUUUCCAGGUAUGUCACAUAGUUUUGGGGUUAAGACCAGCUACUCCAGAAGAGGAAGGACAAAUUAUUAGAGGAUGGUUAGAACGAGAAAGCAGGUAUGGUCUGCAACCAGGACACAAUUGGUUUAUCAUCUCUAUGCAGUGGUGGCAGCAGUGGAAAGACUAUGUCAAAUAUGAUGCCAGCCCUGUUGUGAUUGAGCCAUCAUCUGUGCUGAAUGGAGGAAAAUAUUCAUUUGGAACAACAGUACAUCCUGUAGAGCAGAGUGAAGAUAGAAUUGGAGGAGGCAGCCCAAGUUAUGUGAACACCACCGAAGAAAAAUUUUCAGACAACGUUUCUAGUGCAUCUGAAGCCUCAGAAACUGCUGGCAGUGGCUUUCUGUAUUCUGCCACACCAGGAACAGACAUGUGCUUUGCUCGACAACAUAACACUUCUGACAAUAACAACCAGUGUUUACUGGGAGCCAAUGGGAAUAUUUUAUUGCACCUCAAUCCUCAGAAGCCAGGGGCUAUUGAUAACCAGCCACUAGUAACUCAAGAACCAGUAAAGGCUACAUCAUUAACAUUAGAAGGAGGACGAUUAAAACGAACCCCACAGCUGGUCCAUGGAAGAGAUUAUGAGAUGGUCCCAGAACCUGUAUGGAGAGCACUUUAUCAUUGGUAUGGAGCAAACCUGGCCCUACCUAGACCUGUGAUUAAAAAUAGCAAGACAGAAAUCCCAGAACUGGAAUUGUUUCCUCGCUAUCUUCUCUUCCUGAGACAGCAGCCUGCCACUCGGACACAGCAGUCUAACAUCUGGGUGAAUAUGGGAAAUGUCCCUUCUCCGAAUGCACCAUUAAAGCGAGUCUUAGCCUAUACAGGCUGUUUUAGUCGAAUGCAGACCAUCAAGGAAAUUCAUGAAUAUCUAUCUCAGAGGCUGCGCAUCAAAGAGGAAGAUAUGCGCCUGUGGCUAUACAACAGUGAGAAUUACCUCACUCUCCUGGAUGAUGAGGAUCACAGAUUGGAAUAUUUGAAAAUCCAGGAUGAGCAGCACCUGGUAAUUGAAGUUCGCAACAAAGAUAUGAGUUGGCCUGAAGAAAUGUCCUUUAUAGCAAACAGUAGUAAAAUAGACAGACACAAGGUUCCGACAGAAAAGGGGGCCACAGGUCUGAGUAACCUGGGAAAUACAUGCUUCAUGAAUUCAAGCAUCCAGUGUGUUAGUAACACGCAGCCACUGACACAGUAUUUUAUCUCAGGGAGACAUCUUUAUGAACUCAACAGGACAAAUCCCAUUGGUAUGAAGGGGCAUAUGGCUAAAUGCUAUGGGGAUUUAGUACAGGAGCUUUGGAGUGGAACGCAGAAGAAUGUCGCCCCAUUAAAGCUUCGGUGGACCAUAGCAAAAUAUGCUCCCAGGUUUAAUGGGUUCCAACAACAAGACUCCCAAGAACUUCUGGCUUUUCUCUUGGAUGGUCUGCAUGAAGAUCUCAACCGAGUCCAUGAGAAGCCAUAUGUGGAACUAAAGGACAGUGAUGGCAGACCAGACUGGGAAGUAGCUGCAGAGGCCUGGGAUAAUCAUCUAAGGAGAAAUAGAUCAAUUGUUGUGGAUUUGUUCCAUGGGCAGCUGAGGUCCCAAGUCAAAUGCAAGACAUGUGGGCAUAUAAGUGUCCGAUUUGACCCUUUCAAUUUUUUGUCUUUGCCACUACCAAUGGACAGUUACAUGCACUUAGAAAUAACAGUUAUUAAGCUGGAUGGUACUACCCCUGUACGAUAUGGACUAAGACUGAAUAUGGAUGAAAAGUACACAGGUUUAAAAAAACAGCUGAGCGAUCUCUGUGGACUUAAAUCAGAACAAAUCCUUCUUGCUGAAGUACAUGGUUCCAACAUAAAGAAUUUUCCUCAGGACAACCAGAAAGUACGGCUCUCAGUGAGUGGAUUUUUGUGUGCAUUUGAAAUUCCCAUCCCUGGAUCUCCAGUUUCAGCUUCUAGUCCAAUACAGACAGAUUUCUCCUCCUCCCCAUCUACAAACGGAAUGUUCACCCUGACCACCAACGGGGACCUGCCUCGACCAAUAUUCAUUCCCAAUGGAAUGCCAAACACUGUUGUGCCAUGUGGAACUGAGAAAAACUUCACAAAUGGAAUGGUGAAUGGUCAUAUGCCGUCUCUUCCUGACAGUUCCUUUACAGGCUACAUCAUUGCAGUCCACCGGAAAAUGAUGAGGACAGAACUGUAUUUCCUGUCAUCUCAGAAGAAUCGCCCCAGCCUUUUUGGAAUGCCUUUGAUUGUUCCAUGUACUGUGCAUACCCGGAAGAAAGACCUGUAUGAUGCGGUUUGGAUUCAAGUGUCACGAUUAGCCAGCCCACUGCCACCUCAGGAAGCUAGUAAUCAUGCUCAGGAUUGUGAUGACAGUAUGGGUUAUCAGUAUCCAUUUACUCUACGAGUUGUGCAGAAAGAUGGGAACUCCUGUGCUUGGUGCCCAUGGUACAGAUUUUGCAGAGGCUGUAAAAUUGAUUGUGGGGAAGACAGGGCUUUCAUUGGAAAUGCCUAUAUUGCUGUGGAUUGGGACCCCACAGCCCUUCACCUCCGCUAUCAAACAUCACAGGAAAGGGUGGUAGAUGAGCACGAGAGUGUGGAACAGAGUCGGCGUGCACAAGCUGAGCCCAUCAACCUGGACAGCUGUCUCCGAGCUUUCACCAGUGAGGAGGAGCUGGGGGAGAACGAGAUGUACUAUUGCUCCAAGUGUAAGACCCACUGCCUGGCAACCAAGAAGCUGGAUCUCUGGAGGCUUCCCCCCAUCCUGAUUAUUCAUCUCAAACGAUUUCAGUUUGUAAAUGGUCGAUGGAUAAAAUCACAGAAAAUUGUUAAAUUUCCUCGUGAAAGUUUUGACCCUAGUGCUUUUCUGGUGCCGAGGGACCCAGCUCUCUGUCAUCGUAAACCACUCACACCCCAGGGGGAUGACCUCUCUGAGCCCAGGAUCCCAGCAGGAGAGGUGAAGAAAGCAGAUGCUCAGAACUCCGCUGGGGAAGACGCCGUGCUCCUGAGUAAGAGCCCGUCCUCACUGAGUGCCAACAUCGUCAGUAGUCCUAAAGGUUCACCAUCUACAUCAAGAAAAAGUGGAACCAGCUGUCCCUCCAGCAAAAACAGCAGCCCUAACAGCAGCCCUAGGACUUUAGGGAGGAGCAAAGGAAGGCUCCGCCUACCCCAGAUCGGCAGCAAAAACAAAUUGUCGAGUAGUAAGGAGAACUUGGAUGCCAGCAAAGAGAAUGGGGCUGGCCACAUUUGUGAGCUGUCUGAUGCCUUGAGCCGAGGGCACAUGCUGGGGGGCAGCCAACCUGAGCUGGUUACCCCGCAAGACCACGAAGUAGCUUUGGCCAAUGGAUUCCUUUAUGAGCAUGAGGCAUGUGGCAAUGGCUACAGCAAUGGUCAGCUUGAAAACCACAGUGAAGAAGACAUUACUGAUGACCAAAGAGAAGAUAUUCAUGUUAAACCUAUUUAUAACCUAUAUGCAAUUUCGUGCCAUUCAGGAAUUCUGGGCGGGGGCCAUUACGUCACUUAUGCCAAAAACCCAAAUAGCAAGUGGUACUGUUACAAUGACAGCAGCUGUAAGGAACUUCACCCUGAUGAAAUUGACACCGACUCUGCCUACAUUCUUUUCUAUGAGCAGCAGGGGAUAGACUAUGCACAAUUUCUGCCAAAGAUCGAUGGCAAAAAGAUGGCAGACACAAGCAGCAUGGACGAAGACUUCGAGUCUGAUUACAAAAAGUACUGUGUAUUACAGUGAAGCUACCACUCUGGCUGCUAGGUAGACUGGUGAUGAGGGAGAUGACUCCCUGUAGCUGACAUUUGGCAAAAGCAUCACUGAAAGGCAAGCUCAGUGUGUACUUAUUUUAUCCUGUGACCCUGAAGCACAAAGUUUAAAAAAACCCUAAUUAAAA